UAUUUUUUAGUUGUAAUCUUGAUUGCAGCUGUGGAAUUCGUUUUAGUAUAUUAAAUAGGUCGAUCAGAUCAUCUGUUCUAUCGUAUUUUCCUUAAUGUUACUUCGCAUCGACAGAUUACAUAGUAUCCUUCAGCACUUUCGAGCAAUUCUUGUUCGCCAAAGAAAGUAUCAUAUUCGUCUAACCCAUGCCUAUUGGACUACUAAAGGCAUGGUGAAUAGGUUGUAUCUUUGAUUUUUUAAAAUAAAAAUAUACAAAAUUGGGCACUCGCCCAAUCGAUCACUUCUUCUUGUCCUCGUGGUAGGCCACUGCUGCCUACCACCUAAUAUGCCCAAUGCCCACUGCCUACGCGCCACUGCUCACUCUAAUGCGUAAUAAGUAGGCAGAUGCUUAGGUGCAGCUCAAAGGGGUGCACACCCCGCGUUAAUUGCACCUUUUAAAUAAACAUUUAUUACUGCUAUUGAAGGAGGGAGAAGAAACGUAAAUGUAAAACACAUUGCCCUACAUGUCCACAUGGGCCAAGGCUUAUUUGAAAUACAAUUCAAUGCGAUGAAAUCAUGAAACCACCGGUCCACCACCGACUUCAUUUCAUAUGCUUUCCAUUCCCCAUGUUUCCAAAUCCAUCUUAUCUAAUCCACCUAACCAAAUCACAUAACACCCAAAAUGAUUAAAGAGGGUAGAUGAAUCAAUCAAGUAGAACGUGGCAUAUUUCCAUCACUGACCCCAUUGGAUGAGCUGGCUGGGUCAUUCUCCAAUUUUUAUUAGUUGAAUAAAGGGCAGCUCCAAGAUUUGGUACUGGCAGACUGGCAGACUGGCAGUGGACAUCUAAGUCGAUUUAUUCAAGUUAUUGGUCCCGGAAUGCUUCCUAUUGUCUUGGAUGGAAAUGAGUGCUUAUUAUCAAGGCACAUGAGUUUGUAUUUGUAUUAAAGUUGUUCAUUCUCUCUACCUAGAAGUAUACCUUCAAGUAUGAUUCGUGCAUAUGAAAGAGAUGUUUUUGUAAUUAAGGAGAACGAAAGAGGCUAAUACGGUGGGAGGUUUGCCCUGAAGUGAUCCAGCCUCAUAAAAUCUCUUAUCUUCAAUGCCACAACAGAUGAACAUGUGCUUCCACCUAAUUGGUGGAUGGCCAUCCUGCUCAACCAUAAGUCCAUAUUCCAUAUCGGUAUUAAUACGUGUGGCUAUUGUUUUUUCCAAUUCUUGAACGGCGUCAAAAUUAAAUAGACAGAGUAAACAAAAAAUUUUGGUUUAAAAAAAAAGUUUGUGAUUUUUGACUGGGAAAAAGAUGCCCAAAAAAAACACAGAAUCUAUAUCGAGAGGUUAUGAACACGUGAUCCGAAUGUUAUGGUCGUGGCGUCGGCUUUGACGUUUCCUUUCUGGCUUCUAGAGUUUUUUAGUCUCUGCUUUCCUACGCUGUCUGCAACCUAAGUAUUACAAUGGCUUUUCCCCAUACCUAAACACCAUGUGCUUUUAGUAGCGUAUACGAGGCCUGAACUUCACUCCAUCCAUUUCAAUCUGGGGAUCCUAAUGUCCUGCUUCAGCUUCACCGCAACAAGAGACUGGUGCUAUCGCUCCAUCUUCACCAAAUCGGGUCUUCGAUCCACCAUCACCGAUCUUGGCGACGGCACAGUCAUCCACUGUUGGGUCCCCAAGACCCGUAAAGAAUCCAAACCCAACCUGCUCCUCAUCCACGGCUUCGGAGCCAACGCAUUGUGGCAGUGGGGCGACCUCAUCCCCUACCUGGUCCCCUACUUCAACGUCUACGUCCCAGAUCUCCUCUUCUUCGGGGACUCCUACACCACUAGACCCGAGCGGACCGAGUCGUUCCAGGCCCAGUGCGUGAUGCGGGUGAUGGAAGCGAAGUCGGUGAAGAAGAUGAGUUUGAUCGGACUGAGUUAUGGUGGUUUUGUGGGGUACAGUAUGGCGGCCCAGUUUAAAGAGGCGAUAGAAAGAGUGGUGAUAUGCGGCGCCGGGGUGUGCUUGGAGGAGAAGGAUUUGGAAAAGGGUUUGUUUAAGGUAUCGCAUAUAGAAGACGCUGCCAGUAUAUUGUUGCCCCAAACGCCCGAGAAGCUGAGGGAACUGCUAAGUUACACUUUCUACAAGCCUCCAAGGGGCUUACCUUCUUGCUUGCUCAAUGACUUCAUUCAAGUAAUGUGCACGGAAUUUGUAGAAGAGAGAAAAGAUUUGAUUCGAGCUAUUCCUAAAGACCGGAAACUUUCAGAGCUACCCACGAUCCCACAGCCUACCUUAAUAAUUUGGGGAGACCAAGAUAAGGUAUUCCCGGUGGAACUAGCUCACAGAUUGAAAAGGCAUUUGGGGGAAGAGGCCCAGCUUGUGAUCAUCAGUAACGCAGGGCAUACUUUUAUUAUAGAGAAGCCCAAAGAAACAUUCAAGUACUUGAAAUCCUUUCUCAUUGAUAAUUGAUUUGCUUCCACCUCCCAGGCAACAAAUUCUCAUAUGAGGACUCCCUUAUACAAGGUAGAGUUCUAGAUUUUUGUAUUGAACUUCCUGUCACGGUUGCUAAACUAUUAUUACCACUGCACCUUAUUUGUCAAGGUGAUUAAAAGGGCAUUCCCCAGGAUGAUCUAAAUUUUUGGUUUCCAAA